ACAAACCACUUCCUCGAAGUUGAUGCUCACAUGACUUCAGCACAGCGAUGAUGUUUACAGCAACUCUUACUCUUUUCUGUGCAAUAAUAUGCUGUUCCUUGACAGAAAAGCCAGCAAAUGGUUCAUCUCCAAACAUUAUCAUCAUGCUCAUGGAUGACAUGGGCUGGGGGGACUUGGGGGUGUUUGGCCAGCCCUCUAAAGAGACCCCUAACCUGGAUGCCAUGGCUGCUCAGGGCAUGCUGCUACCAAAUUUCUAUACUGCGAACCCACUCUGUUCCCCAUCCAGGGCUGCACUUCUCACCGGGAGGCUGCCUGUCAGAAACGGUUUCUACACCACGAAUGCCCAUGCCAGAAACGCAUACACACCACAGGAGAUAGUGGGAGGAAUCUCUAAGGAUGAGAUUUUGAUACCCCAGAUGCUGAAGAAAAAGGGCUAUGUCAGCAAGAUAGUUGGCAAGUGGCAUCUGGGCCACAGACCACAGUUCCUGCCUCUGGAGAAUGGUUUUGAUGAAUGGUUUGGUGCACCAGACUGCCACUUUGGCCCUUACAACAGCAGCAUCAGGCCCAACAUCCCCGUCUACAACAACUCUGAGAUGCUUGGCAGAUACUAUGAGGAGUUUAAGAUUGACAGGAAGACUGGAGAGUCCAACCUCACACAGAUGUACUUGCAGGAAGGUCUUGACUUCAUACUCCGUCAGACUGAAGCCCAGAAGCCCUUCUUCCUCUACUGGGCAGCUGAUGCCACCCACGCCCCUGUCUAUGCCUCCAAACGUUUCCUAGGGAAGAGCCAGCGAGGCCGUUAUGGUGAUGCAGUGAUGGAGUUGGACGACAGCGUUGGCCAGAUCUUGUCAUUGCUGCAGAGUCUGGGCGUAGAAAAUAAUACCUUCGUCUUCUUCACCUCAGACAACGGAGCUGCUCUGAUGUCUGGUCCAAAAGAAGCUGGCAGCAACGGUCCGUUCCUCUGCGGGAAGGAGACCACCUUUGAAGGGGGCAUGAGGGAGCCUGCUAUUGCCUGGUGGCCUGGACACAUCAAAGGAGGCACGGUGAAUUUCCAGUUGGCCAAUGUGAUGGACCUGUUCACCACCAGUCUGGCUCUGGCCGGCAUCAAACCUCCUGAUGACAGGGAUCUGGAUGGACUGGACCUGACGCCAGUCCUGCUUAACUUCUCACACACACUCCAAGACAGGCCGAUCUUCUAUUACCGCGGGAACGAGCUGAUGGCUGUGAGGCUCGGACAAUACAAGGCGCACUACUGGACCUGGAGCAACUCAUGGGAGGAGUUUAAAAAGGGCAUCAACUUCUGUCCAGGUCAAGAGGUCCCUGAUGUGACUACUCACCAACAGAAAGAGCACACGAUGCAGCCAAUCAUUUUCCACCUGGGACGGGACCCUGGGGAAAAGUUCCCCAUCAGUGUUUUGACCAAAGAGUACCAGGAAGUGCUGAGUCAGAUUUCCCCAGUUGUGGAGCAGCAUAAGCAGGAUCUGGUUCCGGGUGUUCCCCAGCUCAAUAUGUGUGACGUGGCGGUGAUGAACUGGGCCCCUGCAGGCUGUGAGAAGUUAGGAAAGUGUCUCAAAGUGCCAGAGUCUGAGCCCUGGAAGUGUGACUGGCCACACUGAGACGAUGAGGAACCAAAACCUGAAGAAGUGCCUUUCUACAGAACAAACAACUGUAUUUUUUUUUUUCGUUGUAAAAUGGCUUAUGAACAAUGUUGAGGACUAGGGUAUGGGGUAAAACCAAGGCAAUAAUGUUGGUAUAACAUUUUGUUGAUUAUGCACAUAGCUUUUCACAGCUGGGAAUUUAAUGAGCCAACAAAAGUUCUACCUGUCCUGGAGAAAACACUCCACCCAGAGCAAGUGGUUUAAGUCAGGACUUAUUUUUAAUGAUGAGCAGACUGAGAAAUGUAUCUAUUGUGAUCUAAUGUCAUGAAUGUUGGAUAUCCUUGUUUCAUGCAUCCUGCAAAAAUGUGAUAAUAAAUAGUGAUUUUAUUACUUUG